AUGGUUAAUAGUGACCGUGCCUGUAGUGCCAAAGAUAUUCUUACUAAUAUAAAACCAUUGGUAUUAGGUGGAGCUAUAUUAAACACACAAUACAACGAUGUUCCGCAAAAUAUUCCCAUUGUAGAUAUGUUACUUGAGGGUAUCAAAUCGGGAGAAGUAAAUGCUAUAGACACGUCACCUUACUAUGGGGACAGUGAAAUCAUAUAUGGAAAGGCUCUAAAAAAAAUAUUACGUACAGAUAAUGGCAAUCAAAAUAAUGUAGCAAAUACAAUAGCUAGAGAAGAUUUUUACGUUAUUACUAAAUGUGGAAGGAUUGGACUAGAUGAGUUCAAUUAUGAUCCAGAAUGGAUCAAAUUCAGUGUACUAAGAAGUUUGUCUAGGUUAAAUGUUGAUUAUUUAGACGUUGUUUAUUUACAUGAUGUUGAAUUUGUUGAGAUUUCUAAGAUUGUUCCAUGUUUAGAAAUGCUAAAAUCAUUAAAAGAAGAUUUAAAAAUCAUUAGACAUUUUGGUAUUAGCGGGUAUCCAUUACCCAAGUUGUAUGAAAUUGCCAAGUUGUGUAACGAUAGUGCUAUAGGCCCCUUGGACUGUAUUCUAUCCUAUUCUCAUGGUUGUUUACAAAACAAUGUCUUAUUACAAUAUUACGACCGCUUUACCAGUAAUACUGCUCUUGGUUGUAACAUUAAAAUGGUUAGUAAUGGUUCUAUAUUAAGUAUGUCGUUAUUAGCAAAUAUUGAAACCAAGUCUUUUCACCCGGCUUCUCCAGGAUUAAAAUUAAAAAUCGAUGAAAUAAGAAAGUUUUUAAAUGAUGAAAAAAAUAUAGAUAUCGGCGAAUUAAGCACCAAAUAUGCUAUCCAUAUUUGGCAUGAUAAAGGUCCUAUAGUGUUGGGUGUUAGUAAUGUUGAGGAGUUGAAAUCUGCCUUAAAAAUUUAUAGGGAAUUAAAAAGCAACGGAUUCGUUUUGAAGGAUACUGAUCAAGAAUUAAUCAAACAUAUCCAAGACAACUUGUUGGGCAAAGAGUUUAUGAAUCAAACUUGGAAAUCUGGUCUUGCUUAG